CUGUGGGGUUCGGACUAAAGAUAAGUAUAAGAAGGAUCGGUUCGAGAAGACGCACAGACGCACCUUCAGCUUCGAUUCGCCUACUGCCAAGAUGUUCUUCCAGAUCCAAUUCGCAUUAGUCCUACAGGUGCUUGUUCUCUUGACGAGAGCCUCGUCAGUGAAACAAAACAAGUGUGCCGAAACCACCACGCCCCUACAAGGCACAUUUGUCGGAAACUGCCUCGAGGAAGUAGAAGAGUAUCUCGGCAUUCCCUACGCCACUCCGCCUGUCGAUGCUCUUCGCUUCAGCAAGACCACACCUCUGCCAAAAUAUUCGUCCUCGAAGAAGCGCCCAGCAAACGAGCCUGGUUCUGCGUGUCGACAACCGCCAUUCUUUCUCAACGACGUACAGAAGUCCUACGCCGAGGACUGUCUGUAUCUCAAUAUAUAUGCGCCAAAAAAGAGCAAAAAGAGUCUUCCGGUCCUGUUCUGGAUUCACGGAGGUGCUUUUUUGAAUGGAGCGGGCAGUGGAGAGCAAUUCAAUGCCACGAAGCUGCUCACGCAGAGCCUGAAGUUGCGAGAGCCUAUAAUUUUCGUCUCCAUAAACUACCGGCUGGGUGCAUUUGGCUUCCUUGGCGGCUCUACGAUUGCAAAUGCUGCAAAGGAAGGGAAGGCGGCCUUGAAUGCAGGCUACUACGAUCAGAGAGAGGCGCUCCACUGGGUCCAGCGCAACAUCGCGUCUUUCGGAGGCGAUCCAAAGAAAGUCACCAUCUUUGGCGAGAGCGCUGGCGCCAAUAGUGUCGGCCAACAGAUGCUUGCCAAAGAAGGAGACGUUCAGGGCCUCUUUCGAGCCGCUAUCAUGCAGAGCGGCAACCCGUCCGUGAGCCGUAGGCUACCGCCUACUCACCCCUUCGCACAGGAUGGAUACAAUGCGUUUCUGACUGGUGCCGGAUGUUCCCUCGAGACAUCCGAACCCGAUCAGUUGCGAUGCCUUCGCAACGCCAGUUCCGACGCGCUCAAUGAUGCCAAUUCGAAGGCUGCUUCUGGAAAGCAAGCAGCUUUCGUGCCACUCCAAGACGACUUCUUCGUGCGGGGCCUACCAUCUGCUCAGUUCAAAAGAGGCGCUUUUCCCGACAUCCCUUACAUCCAGGGCGACAAUCUCGACGAAGGAACAGUAUUUGCCCUCUCCACCCCCAACGUCACAAGCGACGAAGAUUUCUCAAAAACGGUGACCUCGACGUAUGGAGAUGAGCUGGAACCUCUCCUUCCACAGAUCCUCAAGCUUUGGAGCAGCUCGCCCGCUAAAGGAUCUCCCUACGAGCCACAGCUCUUUGGAAAAUCACAAUCGGACCUGUCUCGACCCCCAUCGUCGGUGCCGGUCUGCUCAAGAUCAAUCCUGGACCACUCGCGUUCCGCAACAUCUACUACUUUGUCGCAGUUACGUCGGCUGUCGUCUGGGUUCUGCUCUUCAUCUUUGUGCCAGAGACUGCCUAUGUGCCGGAGACCGCCUUCACGGAUAAAGCGGAUCAGCCCAUCGAUGACGCUUUACAUUUGGAUGACAAAGGAUGGUCCCAACGCGCCGUCGAGGCACAGACAGAGACCAGCUCUGCUCGGAGAGAACCGCCAGUCACCUCUCGCUUUCAUCACGAGGCGUGGUACUUGGCGAUUCCCCUGCCUUUGUCCAAGUUUUUGGACGCUCGCGUCUUCUUAUGCUCUCUGUUUAUUGCUGUUCCCUUCGGAUGGACCGUGGGCAUCACCAUCCUGAGUAAGUGCGAAACAACAAGAACUCUUUUCGCCACUGAUCACAGCAUUGCAGAUCCACAGGUCUUUGAGAAGGCUCCAUGGCAGU